GCAGGGAGAAAUUAAUCCGAAAUCAUGGACAAAUUGAGAAAAGUUAACAUUACUCCCCGAAUUAAUCAAAACAUGCAAAGAAUGAGUCAGAUUCAUGGAGACCAGUGGUCCCCAGUUGAGUAUCGUUGUAACCCACCGAAAAGCAUCGAUGGUCUCGGUGCCUUGAACAAAAUCGGAUCCUACGUCAAAUCGUCGCGGUACCCAGAUAAGCAAAUCAUAACUCGUUUGCAAGCUCAGUUUGAACAUUCGUGUGCCGUCACUCGCGAUUACAGCAGACAACCCCGUUUGUAUUACAAAACAGUAUCCGGUGUUAAUGGACCUCUGGUCAUCUUGGAUGAUGUCAAAUUCCCGAAGUUCGCCGAAAUUGUCGACUUGCAUUUGGCGGAUGGCACAACUCGUUCAGGACAAGUUCUUGAAGUAUCGGGAUCUAAAGCAGUAGUGCAGGUGUUCGAGGGAACAUCUGGAGUUGAUGCGAAGAACACAGUAUGUGAGUUCACCGGGGACAUUUUACGGACUCCCGUGUCGGAGGAUAUGCUGGGCCGUAUCUUCAAUGGAUCAGGGAAACCAAUUGAUAAAGGUCCGCCAGUACUUGCCGAGGACUUCCUUGAUAUUCAGGGUCAGCCCAUCAACCCAUACUCUCGUACGUACCCUGAGGAAAUGAUUCAAACUGGGAUAUCCGGCAUCGAUGUCAUGAACUCCAUCGCCCGAGGACAGAAAAUUCCCAUCUUCUCGGCAGCUGGGUUACCACACAAUGAUAUUGCGGCCCAGAUUUGUCGUCAAGCCGGUCUUGUGAAACGUGCCGAGAAAGGCGGAGUGAAAGACGAUCACGAAGACAACUUCGCCAUUGUUUUCGCAGCCAUGGGAGUGAACAUGGAAACGGCUCGUUUCUUCAAGCAAGACUUCGAAGAGAACGGAAGCAUGGAGAACGUGUGCCUGUUUCUCAACCUGGCCAAUGAUCCCACGAUCGAACGAAUCAUCACCCCACGUCUGGCCCUCACGGCAGCCGAGUUCCUCGCGUAUCAGUACGAAAAGCACGUGUUGGUCAUCCUCACGGACAUGUCUUCGUAUGCCGAGGCCUUGCGGGAAGUGUCGGCAGCCCGAGAAGAAGUGCCGGGUAGACGAGGGUUCCCGGGUUACAUGUACACGGAUUUGGCGACGAUUUACGAGAGGGCCGGCAGGGUGGAAGGCAGAAACGGAUCCAUCACGCAAAUCCCGAUCCUCACGAUGCCGAAUGAUGAUAUCACGCAUCCGAUCCCGGAUUUGACCGGAUACAUCACCGAGGGACAGAUUUACGUGGACAGGCAAUUGCACAACCGGCAGAUUUAUCCUCCAGUCAACGUGUUACCGUCAUUGUCGCGUUUGAUGAAGUCUGCCAUUGGGGAAGGGAUGACCAGGAAAGAUCACGCUGAUGUCUCCAAUCAGUUGUAUGCGUGUUAUGCUAUCGGAAAGGAUGUGCAAGCCAUGAAGGCCGUUGUUGGCGAAGAAGCUCUGACAUCCGAGGAUCUGUUGUACCUAGAGUUCUUGAACAAGUUUGAGAAGAACUUCGUCAGCCAAGGGUCGUAUGAAAAUCGAACUGUUUUCGAAUCACUGGACAUUGGAUGGCAAUUGCUGCGUAUCUUCCCGAAGGAGCUAUUGAAGCGUAUCCCUCAAGCAGUCCUUGCGGAAUAUUACCCGAGAGAUGGCAGGAAGUGAAUGGUUUCCUGUGGGCUCUUUCGGAAGUCAUUUUAUCAUGUGGUUAUUCAUUAGCCGUUUUUCUGCUUCUUGUGGGAAAAGCAGAAUUUUUGUGAGUCAAGCAACGUUCCAGUGCAAUAUUUCAUCAAUUGCCUUUUUCUUCUCGUUGAGUUUGUGCGUUUAUGAUCCAAUAUUGUUGUUUUCGUGUUCCUCAUUUCGGAGUGAACGCUGAAAUUUUGUUUCGUUUUGACAUUGUUUGGUUUUAUACACUGGGUGAUGUGGUUUGAUUACGUAUUCUAGUGGAAAGCUUUUGAACAUGAACCAAAGAUGGAUACGAAUGAGCAUUGAAUAUGAGUUGGUACUUUAGAUGUCGUAAGCCGGACUUAUCGCUAAAACUGGGAAUGUGUCACAUGGACUAUUCCUGUCAGAAAUCGAACUAAAUAAAACCUGUGUUACUGAAA